AUGUCUUCUCGAGACAGAGAAGAGUCCAAUGUUAAUGAACAUUGGUUGGACAAAUUAGUGGAAAGAGUCAAUUUCAAGGUUCUGAAAUAUGACUUAGAAUCACCUGGAUUGGGAUUCAUAUUAUCAGGAUGUCUUCCUGAGAGCUUUAAGCACUCUUUUAUUCAGUCUAAUGUGCAUUUCACCUAUGACUUCAAUUCUGUUUUUGAGAUUAAGUUCGAUGGUACGGACUUUGUGGCUUUUUGGAAGAUGCAGAUUGAAGAUUAUUUGUAUCAGAAAAAACUAUACCAACCUCUCUCGGGACAUCAACCAGAAAACAUGAAGGAUGAAGAUUGGACUCUUCUCGACCGACAAGCUCUCGGAGUUAUUCGAUUAACAUUAUCCUACAAUGUUGCGUUUAAUAUUGCAAAAGAAAAGACCACAAUGGGUCUUAUGACAACUCUUUCAAGUAUGUAUGAAAAUUCGUCAACCUCAAAUAAAGUUCAUUUGAUGAGGCGGUUAUUUAAUUUGUGGAUGUCAGAUGGCUCAAUGGUAGCGCAACAUCUUAAUGAACUCAAUAUAGUCACAACUCAAUUGAGUUCAGUUGGAAUCGAAUUUGAUGACGAAGUACGACCUUGAUACUUUUGUCUUCUCUACCGGAAAGUUGGAAUGCUACAGUCACACUUGUGAGUAGCUCAUCAGGCAGUAAUAAAUUGAAGUUUGAUGAUGUUCGUGAUCUGAUUCUUAGUGAAGAGAUUCGACGAAAAGAGUUGGGAGAAUCUUCAACCUCUUCAGUUUUGCAUACAGAGUCAAGGGGAAGAAGUUCGAACAGAGGAUAUGGACAUGGAAGAUCCAAGAAGGUCCAAUUCUAAGAAUCAUCGUAGUUUCAAAAACUCCAAGACAAUUGAGUGUUGGAAUUGUGGAAAGGUGGGACACUAAAAAAAUCAGUGCAGGAAUGCACGGAAGAAUCACGAGGAUAAAGCAGAAGCAAAUGUUGCUUCAACCUCAGGAGGAGAAGAUGCAUUGAUAUGUUCUUUAGAGAACAAGGAAGAGUCUUGGGUGUUAGACUCUAGAGCAUCCUUUCAUGCCACCUCACAAAGAAUUCUUCGAGAAUUAUGUUCUUGGAAACCUUGGAAAAGUUUACCUUGGUAAUGAGUAGUCUUGUGAGAUUGCUGGUAUAGGUGUGGUGAAGAAUAAGUUAAAUGGGUUUGUAUGGGAAUUGAAAAAUGUUAGACAUAUUCCCGACCUAACAAAGAACUUAAUCUCAGUAGGCCAAUUGGCCAAUGAUGGCUACACAACAGUCUUCCACGGUGAUCAUUGGAAGAUUUCAAAGGGUGCAAUGACAAUUGCUCGUGGUAGGAAGAGUAGUACUCUCUACAAGACAGAAGGAGCUUGUCAUUUGAUUGUAGUUGCAAUGAAUGAAAAUCCUAACCUAUGGCACAUGAGUUUAGGUCAUAUGAGCGAGAAAGGGAUGAGGAUCAUGCACUCAAAGGGGAAACUACCAAGUCUUCGGUCAAUAGAAUUUGACAUGAGUGAAGACUGUAUACUUGGAAAGCAUAAACGAGUAAGCUUUCAAAGAAGUGGAAGAAUCCCAAAGAAAGAAAGACUUGAGCUUGUUCACUCUGAUGUUUGGGGUCCAACAACCGUCUCAUCCAUUGGUGGUAAGUGAUACUUUGUGACUUUUAUUGAUGACCACUCUAGGAAGGUAUGGACAUACUUUCUUAAAAAUAAGUCUGAAGUAUUUGAAGCUUUCAUAAUUUGGAAAGCCAUGGUAGAAAAUGAGACAGGAUUAAAGAUAAAAAAGCUUAGAUUGGAUAAUGGUGGUGAAUAUGAAGACACUAGAUUUAAGAAGUUUUGCUAUGAGCAUGGGAUCAGAAUGGAGAGGGCAGUGUCAGGUACGCCUCAACACAAUGGUGUGGCAGAGCGUAUGAAUAGAACGUUGAGAGAGAAAGCCAGAAGCUUGAGUUUGCAAUCAGGCUUACCAAAGAAGUUUUGGACAGAAGCAAUCAACACAGCAACUUACUUAAUCAACCGAGGUCUGUCGGUUCCAUUGGAGCACAAAAUACCAGAAGAAGUAUGGAAUGGUAAAGAGAUAAAACUAUCACAUCUCAAAAUUUUCAGUUGUGUAGCAUAUGUGCACAUUAGUGAUCAAGGCAGAAAUAAGCUUGAUCCUAAAUCGAAGAAAUGCACUUUCAUCGGUUAUGGUGAAGAUGAGUUUGGCUACAGGUUAUGGGAUAAUGAAAAUCAAAAGAUGAUUCGUAGUAGAGAUGUGAUAUUCAAUGAAAAGGUGAUGUAUAAGGACGGGAACAACACAUAUAAUAACAACUCAGAACAGAGUAAACCAGUGUAUGUGGAGAUGGAUAAUGUCCCAGAAACUCCUGUAAUUGAGACUCCUUAGUCAGAGGAAUCAUGUGAAAAUAAUGAUAGUGAAGAACUUGACACACCAGAACUUUCUAUUCCAGCUCAUGUUUUGCGAAGGUCUUCUCGAUCUCAGGUACCUAAUAGAAAAUAUCUUAAUUAUAUAUUGUUAAUUGAUGAAGGGGAGCCUGAAAAUUAUGAGGAAGCAUGUCAGGUGAUAGAUGCUAGUAAGUGGGAGCUUGCCAUGAAAGAUGAGAUGAAGUCUUUAAUGUCCAAC